CAUGUACACGUGGUUCCACACGUGCAGCCACGUCUUCUUCGUAAUGGAGUACUGCUCGAACGGAGACCUGUUCACCUACCUGAACGAACAUGGUCCGUUCGAUGAAAAAAAGGUAGCAGAAAUGCUGUUCGAAAUUAUAUGGGCAAUAAGGACAUGUCACGACAAAAGAAUAGCUCACUUAGAUUUGAAGCCGGAAAAUGUACUAGUGAAUCAUGAAGAAAAAUGCAAGCUUGCUGAUUUUGGAUUAUCUGCACAUAUAGGAUCGAAGCAUAAAAAGAAGGGGAUCUCCCAUUACAGAGGGACCCAUGAUUAUUGGUCACCAGAACAGUGUGCAAGACAUCAAAAGAAAAAACAGAAUUUUGGAGAAUUUGAUCAAAAGACAGAUAUUUGGACAUUAGGUAUAUUAGCAUUUGAACUUAAGUUUGGGAGACCACCAUUUGGGUCUACAAAUGAAGAGAGAGAAACAGUAAUCAUGAACAGGAUUCAGGAUUAUCAUUGGAGUCAGUUAUUUUGCGAGAAGGUAAAACAGGAUUUGAUCGAUAAAUUAUCUCCAGAAUUUAAGGACUUUUUAAAUUUGUGUUUAGAUAAGAACCCCAAAAGGAGACCAACAGCAGAAUCGCUAAUUCAGCACCCGUUCAUUUUUGUUCAUAACAAGAGUAGGCCUUGCAUCAAAUCGUACGCUACCCAACCGAGAGGCAAGCAGGGACCUAAGUUGAGUCACAAAGGGUUUAAUGAGCAGGACGGCUCCUUCCUCACACCCAUAUGGUUCCACAAUAAGGGGUAG